AUGCCGGCCAACGAGCAGUUGGCUCAGAACUUGCAACAUCUGACGGAAACGAUGCAGGCCUUGAGUGAAGCCCUUCUACACAACAACCAUUCUGCUCCUCCGCCGCAGCCUGCCGGGAAUCGGGAUGUGGGGCAUUUAGUCUCGGGAUAUAGGCCACCAGUGUUCGCCGGAGAGGAGGAUCCAGUGAUACUCGAGGAGUGGAUCCGUUCCCUUGAUAAGAUCUUCACCGUUUUGGGCUGCCCCGAAGAUCGCAGAGUGCAGCUGGCCUCUUUAUACUUCAGUCACGAGGAUGAUCUCUGGUGGGUACACGAGGGCCCCGCGUAUCAAGAAGAGCCCGACUUCGACUGGUCAGCCUUGAAGGACAGGAUGAGGGAGAGGUUUUAUCCAUCGCACAUCCGAGCCGCCAUGUACGAGGAGUUCUUACAUCUCCAGCAGGGCUCGUCAUCUGUGGUGGAAUACCACAAGCGCUUCUUGGAGCUUGCCUGUUUUGCUAGGAUGUUGGUCCCCAUCGAGCUAGAAAAUGUGGAGAAGUUCGUGGCAGGCCUCAACUAUGAAGCCCAGAAGGUGUUAACUGUGAGCAAGCCUAGAUCUCUGAAGGAGGCUUAUCUCACCAGAUGGUCUUUUGAGUUCGCCAAGAAAAGAAAUGAAGGAAGUGGGUCCUACAGUUUCAAGAAGCCGAGACAAGACUUUCGAGCUAAAACCGCACCCACUCUGCCUCAGGGAUCAACCCGAGUAGAGCUUGGAGAUCAAGCUAAGGCUUUUGGAUGCAAGAAGUGUGGAAAGGAUCAUGUUGGGAAGGACUGCCAGGGACAAGCGCUUCGAUGCUUCAAGUGUGGGGAAAGAGGUCACAAAGCUUUCGUGUGCCCUCUCCAAGCUAAUCAGAGAGCCUUGCCAUGUGGUGCGAGACCUAGUGGAUCCUCGGGAGGGAGUGCUGGCCGAGGUGUAGCUUGA